AUGAAUUCUUCCGGAGUCAAUCUUUUUCAUUUACCUGCAGAUACAACCACUAAUAACGAAGUCAAAUUUUCACCUUCAACAGGAGAUGGAUCGGAAGACGAAGAUUACUCUGCAAGUCUCAGUGCAGUUCUGCGGCAACGCAGAGCAAGUGUACGGCGGUCACGUAAGGGCCGAGUACGGCGUUCGUCAUCACCUUUCCUACCCGACGAGAUACGCUCAAGACGACGUUCAUCGGUAUUCACUACUAGCUCUGGCGAUACCGCUAUAUCAAUUGACGAUCAACCAGUGGUAACACAAGAACAAAUAUUCGAAAACAUCCAUUUGCAUAAGGAAGUCCUUGGAUCAGUAAAACAACAACCCCUAGGAAUGAGAAGAAAAUUAAAAAUCGUCCACCAGGCAAAGGGAUAUAUUAAACGCCAUCAAGGACAAUUGCAAGAGAGACUUGCGCAAUCUAAAAGCACAAGGGAUAUCUAUGCAAGAUUUAACAUCUUGUUGGCAACAAAAUGGCAACAACUGAAACGCGAAGCGGCAAAUACUUCCAAUGUUCUUAUACCUUGGGAAUUACGAAUCAAAGAGAUCGAAUCACAUUUUGGCUCUGUAGUUGCAUCAUACUUCACCUUCUUAAGAUGGCUUUUUUGGGUCAAUCUAGUCAUAGGGUUUAUUCUACUCGUUUUUGUGAUUAUACCAGAGUAUCUGACAGCAAACCCUGCUCAGGAUGGAGAAAGAAAAGUCAUAAUGGAGGACGAUCGCCGAAACGCUACUAAUCUUUUGACGCUCUGGGAAUUCGAAGGAGUUCUUAAAUACUCUCCUAUAUUUUACGGAUACUACAGUAACGUCGAGCGACCGGAGUAUAGAAUGCCCCUCGCAUAUUUCUUAACUGGCUUGGUCGUCUAUAUUUAUAGCUUCGUAGCUAUCCUAAGGAAAAUGGCGGAGAAUUCAAGGAUGUCUAAAUUAUCAGAAAAAGAAGACGAAUGUAUAUUUUCUUGGAAACUUUUCACGGGAUGGGAUUUCAUGAUCGGAAAUGCUGAGACUGCACAUAACAGAAUAGCUUCUAUUAUUUUAGGAUUUAAAGAAGCUUUGCUCGAAGAAGCAGAAAAGAAAAAGAACCUAAGAAAUUGGCGUAUUAUAUCUCUGCGUGCUAUUGUGAAUAUCGGCGUCAUCAUUCUACUCGCUGUAUCAGCUUAUGCGGUUGUAACCGUUGUGUCUCGUUCCGACGAUAGUCCUAAAAUAAGAAGUUGGUGGCGUGAAAACGAAACGACCACAGUAGUUACCCUUAUAUCAAUUACUUUCCCGGUAUUAUUUGAACUGCUAGGAAUGUUGGAGCAUUAUCAUCCUAGAAAACAACUAAGAUUACAACUCGCUAGAAUCAUGCUACUAAACCUUCUUAAUCUAUAUUCACUAAUAUUUGCUCUGUUUAGUAAAAUUGAAGGAAUGAGUAAAGAACUAGUUUCAUUACAACCAAAUUUAUACAUGAACGUAACAAUAAUAACAGAGAAUACAUUAAAUGUUAAACAAAAAACUGAGUACAAUUUGAAUACUAUUAGCCCCACUAUUGCUAACUUCAAAAGUAAAACGAAUGUUAAAAAAAGGAAUUUGCUCUACAUUGCAAUCGCGGAAAAUUUAAAAGAGAAUAUAAACGACUAUAAUGAAGCUAACGAUGACGAAAAUGCAGCAUUAUUAAAAGAAUUUGAAAGGAUACGAAAUUUAAGCAAAUUAUCUUCUUUAGAGGACACUAACGAAACUUUAGAAACAGAUGAUAGCGAGGUAUAUGAUUUUAAUUACGAUUUAGUUUCUUCAACGGAUACAACUUUACUAGCAGAAACAAACAUAGACUAUGAAUAUAACCUUUCCGAUACAGAUUCUCCGAAUUCUACCCCUAUCUCUGUCACAGAAACUUCUAGUGAUUUUUCAUCUGUUACGACAAGUUUAUAUAGUACCGAAGACACAGAACAAAUGCUCUCUUCUGAUAGUACAUUGAACGUAGAUUUGACUUCACUUUUAGUUUCAAGUACAAAUUCGUAUGAGACAGCUAAUCCAAAUAAAGUAUCGACUUCAUAUGAUGUAAGUGAAAAUACAGAGAAAACUAGAAUUUACACAGUUUCAGAAGACGCCUUUACAAAUGAUUUGAGCUCAAUACCAUCUUCUAAGAAUCAUUAUCAUAGAAAGAUGUAUAACUUGACCGUUACUACCAAAAAAAAAUUGCUUAAAUUGUGUUGGGAAACUAUGUUUGGUCAGGAACUAGUUAAAUUAACUAUGAUGGACUUAGUGUUUGUUUUAUUAGGCACAUUAUUUUUGGAUUUUUUUCGGGCUUUAUUUGUAAGAUAUAUUAAUAAAUGCUGGUGUUGGGAUCUUGAAAAAAAAUUUCCCGAAUAUGGUGAUUUUAAAAUUGCUGAAAAUAUUUUACAUCUUAUUAAUAACCAAGGAAUGGUUUGGAUGGGCAUGUUCUUCUCACCUGGGCUCGUUGUUUUAAAUGUUUUCAAGUUGAUGAUAAUGAUGUAUCUUCGAUCGUGGGCAGUAAUGACUUGCAAUGUACCUCACGAAGUGGUUUUUAGGGUAUCCAAGAGUAAUAACUUUUAUUUGGCACUUUUAUUGACCAUGCUAUUUUUAUGUGUAUUACCAGUUGGCUACACAAUUGUUUGGGUGACGCCAUCAUGGCACUGUGGUCCAUUUUCAGAAUACGAAAAAAUUUAUAAAAUAUUAACAAGCAAUAUUUAUAAGGUCUUACCAACAAGUCUUAAUUUUGCUCUGGAAUAUAUAGCGUCACCAGCAAUUGUGAUACCCUUGCUUGUUUUAUUGAUACUAAUAAUAUACUAUUUAACGUCAUUGACGAACUCUCUAAGAGAAGCUAAUAACGAUUUAAAGAUUCAAUUGAGAAGAGAGCGCACUGAAGAAAGAAGAAAAAUGUUCCAAUUGGCAGACACAAGAAGACGUGCUGGAUCAUCUUCUAUCGACAAUACACCUUUUGCAAGAUGGAAAAGGGCUCUGCCAUCUCUUCCAUUAACAAAAUCUAUUGAUUCUGAUGACCGUAAAUCUAUGGUUAACGACACUAAGGAAACAAUCAAAGCCAUAAAAAAGAAAGGUGGUAUCUUUGCCAAGAUUGUCGGGCUAGCAGUAGAUAGAAAAACAAACGAAGAACCUCUACCCGAUAUUUCUCCUUGCAAAAAUAAUAUUGAUGAAGAAACAGAUACCGAUUUUCACGAAUCGUUACCUAAAGAAAUUUUAAAAAUAAAGGAGAUCACUUUUAUAAAAAAAAAUGAAAUUAAAAAAAAAACUAGCGUUGAAUUUAAAACUGAAGGUGACUUAGCAUUUAAUUCACAAACAACAGAUAACUGCACUGAAGUAAACUCAAUAGUUGAAAAUAUGAAAGACAACAUCAUAAUAGAAAAAAGAAUGAAAAGAAAUCCUGAUAUAAAAGAUAUAAAAAACAACACUAUAGAUGAUAGAUACGUACAAAAGAAACGAAAUUCAAGUGAUAAAUUUAUUCAAAAGAAACAAAGUUCUGAAUCCAGUAAUCUUUCAAAGCAAACAGAUUCCAUUGGAUCAGUAAUACCAGUUAUUACUAUUAGUACAACAGAAAGCGAUGAUGAAGUACUACAAACAAUAAACAAAACUAAUGAAAAAGUGGGAAACAAAAAUUCACGAAGCAAUUUAAGAAGAAACAGAAAUUGCUCUGACUUAAAAUCCCUACAAAGACAGAACAGUGUUGACAGCAUAAGUGAAAGUAAAAAUUCUAAAGAAAAAAAAACAGAAGAUAAAGGACAUAAAUAUCAAUAUUCACUAUAA